GGAAGAGGGCGCGGGUUGGCUUGGCUUUCUGAGGGCGGGGCUCCUCCAGCCUGUCCCCGCCACGCGUGCGGGGGCGGGAGGUGGGGAGAGAGAGAGGUCUAUCUCUGUGUCAGCUGUUGUCGCCGGGAGCGGAGGAAGCACUUCCCUUUGCUUCUCGGGCUGCUUGGGUCGCCUUCUUCUCAGUGCUCGCGCCCUUGCCCACGUGCCUCCGGCUCUUGAGAGCCAGGGAUAAAUACGGGUUGGGGGAACUGGGUCGAGAUCCCCGUCAAACCCCUCCGUCGCUACCCUGUAUGACAUCAUGCCCCUGUUUGCCAGGCAGCUUUAGGUCCCCGUCAUGAGGGCAGCUUUGCCGGGUUGUGUAACUUUUGCGUUGCGCAUGUGGAGUUCUUGCAUCAUGCCGUGGGGAUCUCUCGGGUAGUCUCCUCCUCCUUCUCCACCACCUUUUCUACUGCUGUUUGGCUGGCAGUGCGUAUUUUAUGUCUUCAAAACUAGCCCGUGGCAUGGGAGGGUAGCUCGGAGAACAGUAAGGGAAAGGAACCGGAAGCUGAACCAGCUAAGUAAAGAGCAAAAUUCUAUCCCGCUUUACUAAAGCAAUGACUGGUGAGCAGAAUAAUCACUUGUAACAACAAGAACUACAAAGAGUUAAGUACUAAGCGACCAGGAGUAAAGGGAGCAAAACAACAAAAGUUAACUAUUUCCACUUUCUGGAAGUGACUUUUGAGAGUGAAAAGACUGAAAGUUUGACCUUUGUUACAAACCACCAGUAAACAGUGUUGUAGCCAUUUCCAGAUUGAUGAGAUGUGUCCAGUACUAUGCUUUCACUGUUUUCAACACAGAUAAAAGCAACCAGGCUUUUCCUUUCUUUUAGAACAGGAGUGCAUGUGAUGUUCUGCUGCUAUCUGUGUGUGCACACAACUCAAACUACAUCAAGGGCCAUUUGAGGGCUGCACUGUCACUCUGAGCUCCAUCCGGUCAACAUUUAUUGCCCAUGUCAACUAAUAACACUCUUUUGUUCAAGCAAACUAAAAGCCAUGAUACAUUACUCACCUGAGAGAAUUGUAGAAGUGAAUACUGUGUUUUUAGUAAGCUGUCCAGAGUGUAUGGAAAAACAGGAUAUAAAUAUUUUAAAUAAGACCAGCAUAAAUCUGUCUAAAUACUUUCUGUGAAUGGUCAAGUGCAAGUCUUAUGUCUAACACUGAAUCAUCUAAUGCAAGCAGAGUGCAAUUUGACAGCUAUUUUCCUCCACUAAUACUCUGUGCCAUUGAAGGAGGUUCUAGGUGUUCUCUGUAUCUGAAGGGCUAAGCACCCAUUCCUUCAUUGCAUCCUGCAAAAGAAACUGAGCACCUUCCUCAAUUGUUAAGGUUUGGCACAACCUGGAAAAUGGCAUCAGAAGACAUUACUGAGUUAGCAGAGUCACUUGCUAAAACUCAGGUUGGCGGCGGGCAGCUAAGCUUCAAAGGCAAGAGUCUGAAGCUCAAUACUGCAGAAGAUGCUGAUGAGGUGAUCAAGGAGAUUGAGGAGUAUGAUGGCCUGGAAGCAUUGCGUCUGGAAGGCAACACUGUAGGGGUGGAGGCAGCAAAGGUCAUCGCCAAGGCUUUGGAGAAGAAAUCUCAGCUCAAGAGAUGUCAUUGGAGUGAUAUGUUCACAGGGAGACUGAGGUCUGAGAUUCCUCCUGCUCUGAUCUCCCUUGGAGAGGCCCUUGUUUCUGCUGGCUGCCAGCUUGUAGAGCUGGAUCUGAGUGAUAAUGCUUUUGGACCAGAUGGGGUGCGUGGAUUUGAGGCAUUGCUGAAGAGCCCUGCCUGUUUCACCCUGCAGGAACUCAAGCUAAACAACUGUGGCAUGGGCAUUGGUGGUGGCAAGAUCUUGGCAGGAGCUCUGAAAGAGUGUCAUAGGAAAUCAAGUGCUCAGGGCAAACCUUUGGCUUUGAAACUAUUUGUGGCUGGCAGGAACCGCCUGGAAAAUGAUGGUGCAACUGCUCUUGCUGAGGCAUUCAGAGUUAUUGGAACUUUGGAAGAAGUCCAUAUGCCACAGAAUGGAAUCAACCAUGCAGGAAUCACAGCUUUAGCUCAGGCCUUUGCAGUCAAUCUGUUAUUGAGGGUGAUCAACUUGAACGAUAACACUUUUACAGAGAAGGGAGCAGUAGCCAUGGCAGAGACCCUGAAGAAACUCAGACAAGUGGAAGUGAUAAACUUUGGUGACUGCCUAGUGCGCUCAAAGGGUGCUAUUGCCAUUGCGGAAGCUGUUAAAGAAGGGCUCCAUAAGCUAAAGGAACUCAACUUAUCCUUCUGUGAAAUCAAGCGAGAUGCUGUUCUGAUUAUAGCUGAGGCUACUGAAGACAAGUCAGAACUAGAAAAGCUGGAUCUCAAUGGCAAUUGUUUUGGAGAAGAAGGCUGCGAACAACUCCAGGAGACUCUUGAAGGCUUCAACAUGGCCGAGGUCCUUGGAUCCUUGAGUGAUGAUGAAGGGGACGAUGACGAUGAGGAUGAGGAAGAUGACGAUGAGGAUGAAGAGGAAGAUGAGGAGGAGGAGGAAGAGGAUGUGGAGGAGGAAGAGGAAGAAGAAGAAGAGCUACCUCAAGUACAGGAAAGGGGCCAGGGAGAACAGGAAUCUCUGACACCUAAAAAAAUCUUAGAGACACAUGAUUCUACUCCAGUGUCUUCUCCAGCUCUUCCUCCUGUGGAUGUUGGUACAUUUCUUGCUUUCCCAUCCCCAGAGAAACUAUUGCGACUGGGCCCCAAGUGCUCUACCUUGAUAGCUCAACAGACAGACACAUCUGACACAGAGAAAGUUGUCAUGGUCUUCCUGAAAAUCUCUUCUGUGUUCAAAGAUGAGACAACAGUAAAAGCAGCAGUGCAUGAAAUAACAGAUGCCUUGAUGAGAGAAGCCUUUUCUUCGGCUACCUUCAAUUCUGAUACUUUUGCCACCAGCCUCUUGAUUCACUUGGGAUUACUCAAGAGUGAAGAGAAGAUCAAAGCUGUUCCAAGCCUUUAUGGCCCACUGAUGACUCUGAACCACAUGGUCCAGCAGGACUAUUUCCCCAAGUCCCUUGUUCCAGUUCUCUUGGCCUUUGUCACAAAACCCAACCGUGCUUUGGAUUCCUGCUCCUUUGCCCGCCACUUACUCUUGCAAACCCUCCAUCAGCUGUAAUGUCCAGACAGCUUUGCCCCUCCCCAUCAUAGGACUGUUUGCAGAGUGCUCUGAGAUGGAGAGCAGGAAAAGACAUUGGAACUUAUGGAUGAAGCAUUCUGCCUGUCUUGUCACCAGGAUGUCUAGCUGCCUUCCGCUUUAACAAACUUUGAGGAACUCUGCCAUGUGCUUUUUUAUGUUUUUGUGUGUGCGUGGGUUUUUUAUUACGUUUUAAGUUCCAUGUUUCCAAACUGAACUCUGCUUUUCCCAGUGUAUCUUCUUGUGAUUUUGUUCCUCCUCUGAGGCUACGUUUCCACUUUCUGUUUUCAAAUUCAGCUGUUGUCAAAACUUGGGGCUCACCUUAGGUCUUGGAACUGUACUGUUUGUCAAAGGGCCUUCUCCUUCUGGGUAGCAACAGCAAAAUUUUGAAGCAAGCUUUCAUUACAUUGAGCCAUAAGCCCAAUGUUGGGGCUUCUUUCCUUCAAUUGCAGGCCAGUGCCAGAUAUAAAAGCAAUGAUGUUUUUGCCAUUUCUCUGAGUUUUGGGGUGCAGUAUAUGUAUGGGAUAUGGCAAAUAUUCCUAAUUUGGGAUAUGUCAUUGCCUGUUUAGUUUUUAUGAGUGAUCCUUCCACCACUUUUCUGAUUCUGGUGGCCUGCAUAAGACUGUUUAGUAAUAUUGCUUCAAACACACAUGUGCCCAAUUAAAAUAGACUUGGUUCGGAA